GCUGCUGCUCGGGCUUUCGAAUACUGUCUGGCAGGAGGUGGACUUGGGUCCGGUGCAGGAUGCGGGUGCGCUUAGGUGUCCUAGCCGGGAUUGCGGCGCUAUCGGGGGCGCUUAGCUUUGUCCUCUUGGCGGCUGCCAUCGGCACAGACUUUUGGUACAUCAUCGACACUGCCCGGCUGGAGCAGCGAGGCCCGGGGGGCCCGGGUGCUGGCGGAGCCCAAUAUCCAGGUGGUGGCAAUGCUGGCGGCCUCAAUCAAAGCCAACCCGAACCUCUCAGCUCGCACUCUGGUCUUUGGAGGACCUGCCGGGUCCAAAGCAAGUGCAUACCCUUGAUGAACCCCUUCUGGCAGGAGAACGUGACAGUCUCGGACUCAGACCGCCAGCUUCUCACUAUGCAUGGGACAUUUGUGAUUCUUUUGCCGCUCAGCCUGAUCCUGAUGGUCUUUGGAGGAAUGACGGGAUUUAUAAGCAUCCUCGCCAGAGCCUAUCUCCUUCUCCUCAUGACUGGGAUGCUUUUCCUUUUUGGAGCCUUGGUGACUCUCGCUGGAAUCAGUGUUUACAUUGCCUACUCAGCAGCAGCUUUCCAAGAAGCAGUCUGCCUCUUGGAAGAGAAGGACCUCUUGGACCAGGUGGAUAUCAGGUUCGGAUGGUCCCUAGCUCUCGGCUGGAUCUCCUUCAUCUCUGAACUCCUCACUGGGGCAGCAUUCCUACUGGCAGCAAGGAUGGUUGGCUUGAAACGGAGACAGGACCAAGCAAUUUGAAAGGAUCAAUGCAGGGAGUCUUGGCCCUGGGGAGAAUGGGAGUUGGUGGGAGGUACUUUCGUAAAACAAAGGCCAAAGCUAUGUAUUGGCUUUUGAAUCCAAAGAUGUGCUGUACUGUUGUUACCUAUUCCUAAAAAAUAGCCAGGAAGCAAAGAAGCUUGCCCUCCAUACCUCCAAUGGACUUAUAUUAUGACUUGACCACGGUCUCAUUGUCAUUAGAGUGGUAGUAUGAGCCACUUUUGCUAUUGUAUUUAUUAGUCUGUGUAUGUGUGUAUUUGUGUAGGCUGGAGUGGAGAUAUUUUCUUGUGUAUAAAACAGUUAAGUUUGAUGAAAUAUAAUUUAGCUUAGCUGUAGGUUUUGGUACUCUUUUCUUUUUCUUAAAAUUCUAAAAAUUCCUUGCCUACCAAUUGUAAUCAUAGCUUUUGUCUGAAGUAGAGAUUUAUUGAAUUUUUAAGUAUAUCCCAUUUUUAGUAUACCCAAUAUGCAAAUAUCAGAACUUAAAAGGAUGAUGCAUCCAAGGGUUUUUAUUCAGAUUAAAAAAAACAUUUUUCACUUUGCAUAAAUAUCUGUUACUGUGUUUCAGGUAGUUACCCUGCCUACCAUGUUUAGGACAGAAUUCAAUUCACAUAUUUUUGACUUUAUAGAUUAUUUUUUAGCACCACAUCCAGUGUGCAAAAGU